CAAAAACAUCCCAGAGAUAGCGUGGUGUCGGAGCAGGUGGCGGGCGGCUGGCUGACGUUCACUUUGCAGCAGUCAAAUGGAGUCGGUGGAAUCGGAGAAGCAACUCCUGAUGGAGCGUCUGCCCCGCUCUCAGGACCAGCGUGAGUCGGACUCUGACACGUCUCCUUCGGACGACACGUGGGAGCUAGAGUGGACUUGCGGCGGCGAGCCGGACGUGACGUCGGCGAACGAGAGCGACGCGAGACGUACGGCCGGGAGGAAGCUGCUUGUUGCCUUGGCGAUCAGCCUCAUCUUCAUGAUCGGCGAAGUGGUUGGUGGGUAUGUUGCACACAGCCUGGCCAUCAUGACGGACGCCGCACACCUCCUGACUGACGUGGGCAGCAUCGGCGUGAGCGUCUUCUCCCUCUGGAUCUCAGGCCGCCCGCCCUCUCCCACCAUGACUUUCGGGUGGCAUCGAGCAGAGAUUCUGGGCAUGCUGCUCUCGCUGGUGUCCGUCUGGACCGUGACGGCGGCGCUGGUCCUGUCCGCCGUUCAGAGGAUGGCAGACGGCGGCGGCGGCUACGACAUUGACGGCGACGUGAUGCUGCUCACGUCAGGCUGCGCUGUGGCAGCUAACGUCCUGAUGGUGGUGAUCCUCCACCAGUCAGGCGUCUCUCACGGCCACGGUCACGGCCACGGUAACGCCAGCGUGAAGGCCGCCUUCAUCCACGCGGUGGGAGACCUGGUCCAGAGCCUCGGCGUCCUGCUGGCGGCCGCCAUCAUCCACGUGUGGCCUGAAUACAAAGCAGCAGACCCCGCCUGCACGCUGCUCUUCUCCCUGCUGGUCAUGUGGACCACCUUGCACACCGCCAGGGACGUCUUCAGAGUGCUGAUGGAGGGCGCACCAGCCCACGUGGACUACACCUGCGUGCGAGACCUCCUGCUGUCCGUGUCGGGGGUGGUGUCUGUGCACGGCCUGCACCUGUGGAGCCUCAACAUCACCCACUGCUCGCUGGCUGUGCACCUGGCGGCAGAAGACGGUGUAGAUCCACACGUCAUCCUCACCAGGGCAACUAAACUCCUGCGCUCACAAUUCCAUUUCACGUCCGUCACCAUCCAAGUGGAAGGCAGCAGAAGCAUCCCUGCUGUGUGGUGACACCUGGUGGAAGACUCCAAGCCCGUGAGGAACUUCAUGUCUCUCGAUCUCUGAAGGACGCCUUCUCUGUCCUGCUGGGCUGCCGCAUGGAUCACCUUCACGCCAACAACACAAACUAUGACGCCAACAAUACAAACUAUUGUUCUCAACAAGGUCAGAGCUUUCACUACAUGACUUCUGCUCAAAUGAAGGCCAUUAAAAACAUCAAAUACGACUAAAGGAGGUCAUUCCUGAAGGGAUUAUGUUCCAAUGCUGACAGAAUGGAAGAAUAGUUUCAAUGUUGGAAUUUCCAGGAAAACCGGAAUUAGGUUUAGAGCUUGGGAAAGUGUUAGUUUGAAUGUCCAGGAUGAGUGGAAUGUGUUGAUGUUGGAAUGCUUUGAAUAGCUUGAAAAAUGUGGGAAUUGUACAACUUGGAAAAAUGUCCCAUUCAUUUCAAUGGGAAUUUCCUGGAAUUUUGGGAAAAGCGGGAUUUUUUUUUUUAAAUGAUUAGGAGCAUGAAUGUCCGGAAUGAGCUGAAUUGGUUGGUCUUGGAAUUGUUUAUAUUGGUCAAGAAAUGUUGAAUUAGUAACAGUUUUUGAUAGAGAAAUUCCUGGAAUUUCAGGAAAAUCAGGAAUUUUUCUAGUUCUUUUACCAACUUCCUUUACCAAGAAUGUAGUAUGAAUGUAAGAAUAGUUUGAAUGUUGGAAUGUUGAAGAGUUUGAAUUUCCAGGAAAACUGGAAUUUGGUCAGGAACUUGGGAAAGUGGUAGUUUGAAUGUCCAGGAUGAGUGGAAUGUGUUGAUGUUGGAAUGGGUUGAAAAAUGUGGGAAUUGUGCAACUUGGAAAAUUGUCCCAUUCUUGUCAGUGGGAACUUCCUGGAAAUGUGGGAUUUUUUUUAGAAAAUGA